CCCGGCCGGCCCGCGAGGACCCCGCGCAGCCAAGAUGGCGGCGUCCGUGCGGCGGGCGCGCAGCCUGCUAGGGCUGGCGACGACCCUGGCCCGGGGCUCCCGGGACUACCGGGCGCCGCCGCCCCCACGCCGCUCGCCAGGGCCCUGGUGGCCGGACCCGGACGACCCACUGACCCCACGCUGGCAGCUAGGGCCGCGCUACGCGGCCAAGCAGUUCGCGCGGCACGGCGCCGCCUCCGGGGUGGCCGCCGGUUCGCUGUGGCCCUCGCGGGAGCAGCUCCGCGAGCUGGAGGCCGAGGAGCGCGAAUGGUGCCCGAGCCUGGCGGCCAUGCAGGAGUCGCUGCGGGUGCAGCGGCUGGCGGAGGAGCAGAAGCGUCAGGCCAGGGAGCAGCUCAUUGCCGAGUGCAUGGCCAAGAUGCCACAGAUGAUUGAGAGCUGGCGGCGGCGGCAGCAGGAGCACAGGGAGAAGGAGCAGGCGGACAAGGAGCGGCGGGCCCAACUGCAGGCUGAGGCCCAGGAGCGCCUGGGCUACCACGUGGACCCGAGGAGCGCCCGCUUCCAGGAGCUGCUGCAGGACCUGGAGAAGCAGCAGCGCAGACGCCUCAAGGAGGAGAAACAAAGACAGAAGAAGGAGGCACGAGCUGCUGCGCUGGCCGCUGCCACGGCCGAAGACCCAGCAACCUCCGUGGCACCCGGUUCCUGACUGGUCUUCUCCCAAUAAAACCUGCCGCCUGAUGGCCCCACCCCUG